UGAAAUUUUAUACUCUCGUAUAAAAAUGCAUUGUGAUUGGAUAAAGAUAAAGACGAACUUCGAUUGCUAGGAAAAUUAACAUAAACAGAGUUCUUAUUCGUCAUUUCUUUUUAUCUCUAAAUUACCUGAAAUAUCCAUAUGGGAAAGACAAAAGAGAGACGACAAACAUAGUAAUGUUUACAGCGGGCUAGAAUGGCAAGCUAUAGUCAUGAACUUUUCUCAGGGAAGAUACCAGACGAUAUUCCUGUGUUGGAUUUGGAUACUUUGGACGAUGAAAUAACAGCAAGUUACACAGGACCAGAUGAUGGCCUAGCAUUUCCUGUUAGAGAACAAAAUGGAAAUACAGGAUUCAAUAGUGUUGAUGUCGCAGGAAUUACAGACUGGAAAAAGAAGUCAGAGAAAGGUUAUGGGAUUUGUAUCUCACUUUAUGAACAACAUCCUGUCAAUGGAAAAAUGUCAGGAGAUCCAAUUGCUGAUGCAUUUGCCAUUUGUGCAAGAAAAAAUAAUUGUAUACUGCUCAUAGCUGAUGGUGUAAACUGGGGAGAAAAGUCAAGACUUGCAGCCAGAUGUGCUCUGUAUGGAGCCAUGAAAUACCUCAACAAACAGUUGUAUGAUAAACUUAAUCAACCAAGAAAUACAAGGGAAGUGGUAGAAAUUCUCAGGAAUUCAUUUGAUCAAGCUCAUCAAACUAUUCUGUCAAAAGAAGGUGGACUAACAACAAUGUGUGCUUGUAUGAUCUGUCCGCUAAAAAGUUCCAAAGAAUUUUCAGUUUGUUGUGUAAAUGUUGGAGACAGUUAUGGUUAUAUUCUUGGAGAAAGACGUGGAAUAAGAGAAAUAACUGUAGGGUCACAUGACAUAAGUUCAGAACGAGAUAUUAGGGAUGCAGGUGGAGCAAUAGGACCAGUUCAUGGAAGUGAUCCAGAAUUACAAAAUCUUACUUGUUCUAUGACUUUUGCAAGUGAAGGAGAUAUUGUGUUUUUAACUACUGAUGGCAUUUCUGACAAUUUUGAUCCUGUUGUCACAAAAGUAGCCAUACCUAGGCAAGUUAAUGGUGAAAGUGCACAAGAUAUUUCUAAUUCAGAAGCAAUUAUAAAACCUGAAAUGGAACCAGGUGAGCGACAUAUAUAUGGUAUGAAGGAAAUGGAACGUGUUAUUAAUGAACAAGAACUAGUCACAGAAGAACAAUGUACUGCACAAAGUUUGUGUAGUACACUUGUCCAGCAUGUACUUAUGCUAACUGAUUCUAAACGUAAAGUAUUGGAAAAUCCAUCUUUGUAUAAACGUAGAAGAAUGACACAAGACCAGAGACAGAAGCGAGAUUCAGAAAUAAAGAAGAAAAUGUCAAAAGCACCAGGAAAACUGGAUCAUGCUUCAAUAGUUGCCUUUGAAUUAGGAAGAACUAACCAUGACAACUUGGAAAAUAUUCCCUUGAUAGGAAGUCCUUUGAUAACAAAAUCAUCUGCAACCAGUACACCAGACUCUAAUAGCAGUCGUAGACACUCACAUCAUGGUCUCUCAGGUUCCAAGCCUUCACGUCCCAGGAAAUUGUUUUCCCGGUUAAGAAGUCUUAGUGUGACAUCACCACAAUCUCCUUUAAGUCCAUCAUCAUUAGGAAAACUCUCAAUUUCUCCACAAAAAUUUUCAUUUAAAAGAUCAAGAUCAGGAUCAGAACCAAAUACUCCUUCAAGCCCAGAAAAUGGUUGUUUAAAUUUUCUGCCUAAAGAUCUAAGCUCACCGUCUCCUAUGAGCCCUCAAAGUCCAAAUCGAGAAAUUCCUAUUCCGUUACCAGCACAGCAUCCCAAAAGGACAUCUGUGUCAUAUGAAUCAGCUGUUUAAAGAAAUCAAAAUAUGAUUAAAACAUUCAAAACUGUUACUUUUUGGUUUUUAUACAAUAGUUUAAGUUUUGAUACAUUAUUUUAUUGUUCAACCGUAUUAUCAUGAUUAUUGUGGCUUUUUAAGAAACUGUGCAAAAAGAAAAAAAUAUUACCAUCCAUGUGAUUUCUUUGGAUAAUAAUAUGUUUCAGAAAGAUUGAGAAUAAAAUUAUAAUUUUGUAUAAAAAAAUUAAAAGUGUGUUUAUUACCUGCACAUGGAAAUUAUAAACAUACAGCCAUUAAAUUAAAUGUGGAGUACAGGUGAAUCUUGGAGAGAAAGACAAUGUGCCAAAAGAUGAAGGUCACAUGACUUAUAGUUCAUGGUUUAGGAGCUUUGAUAAUUUGAUAAUGCUUUUAAGCUUCAUUACUCAUAGUACAUUUUAUAUCUGAGUCUUCAUUCAUUAAGUGACCUUUAAUCUACGAUUUUGUGUUAGGUCUGCAUUAAGGGAAGUAUGACAAAUUCCCACAAAAAUAAGACAUCAAUAUAAGGCUUCAUUGAUUUCCUGAUUUCAGUUUCUAAGUAACAUACAAUUAUAUAACUGAGUUGUAAGGGUGCAUCUUGGGGAGUAUAGCCAGUCAGGGGUACUACUUGUACAAGUAAUUUAAUUUACUUGAAGAAGUAAUAUUGAUAUACAUAUAUAAGUAAAUUUGUAGGAUACUUAUACAAGUGUAUUUUAUUUACUUGUAUAGGUAAAAAAAAAUUGACUUAGUUAUGUCCGUUAGACAUUCAGAUUUUUUUACUUAUACAAGUAAAAAAGUCAUCCUAUCUUCUUUUUGUGAAUUCUUAGGACUUCUUUGCUCUUAUAGAGUUUUAAAUUGUCUGUCCUUUGCAGAUGUCUUAACUAAUCAUUUAAGUUUAAUUUAAUGGACAAUGAAAAUCUCAUUUGUCUGUUAUCUUCAGAACACUGCUCAUUUACAAAUCCCCAAGGAGCAAUUUUUGAAGGCCUUGCCCAAAUACUUAAGAUCUUUGCGCAAUCAGUUUCUUUGUUGAAUUAAUGAGAUGAAACAUUGAACUCUAAUAAAAAAUUAUGAGCUAACCUGGGAAAAAUCAUUAAAGGCAUGUUUUUACAUCUCAAAACUUGAGAAUUUUUGUGGGAUUGUAAACAAAAUUUACUUAUACAAGUGAAUUUUUGAGAAAAUUAAGGGGAGAUUAUUCAAACAUUAUAAUUAUCUUAUAUAAGUAUAUUUUAUUUACUUCUUCAAGUAAAUAAAGAUUACUUGUACAAGUAGUACCCCUGACUGAUAGCAGCCUCCUUCAAAACAUAGGACACUCUGACCUAUAUUUUAAGCUUCAUUGGCUAAAAAACUAAUUUUCUUCUUAGAUUUGCUUGAACUUGUUUGACAAUUUUCAUUAUUCUGAUAAUUUUUAUUUUUGCGGUCGUAUAUUGGUAUCAUGUAGUCGUCGUCAUAAGACAUUUUGUUUCCGGACAAUGACUUUAGUAAAUGUAAAUAGAAAUCUAUGAAAUUUUAAUACAAGGUUUAUAACCACAAAAGGAAGGUUGGGAUCGAUUUUGGGGGUUACAGUCCUAACAGUUUAGGGAUUAGGGGCCAAAAUAAGCAUUUUUCUAGUUUCCAGACAAUAACUUGUGGAACGGUGUAUGGAUCUCUCUGAAAUUAUACCACAAGUUUCCAUACCACAAAUGGUGGUUAGGAUUUGCUUUGAGGGGUUAUGGCUCAAACCAUUUAGGAAUUGGGGGCAAAAAGGGGGAAAAACAAGGGUUUCCUGGUUAAUGGACAAUUAAAAAAAAGUACAAUGUUAAGUUUGGACUACCUCCCUUACACUGCUGUUAAAUUAUGUUUAAAGAAAUGUUGUAUUGUCUUGAGGUGAUUAGCUGUCAAUUUAUUUUUAGAAGUUACUAUUUAAAAAUGCUGAUUAAGGAAUAUUUAAUAUAUUAAUUUUAGCCAUGAUUAUGUAUGUCAUUUUCUAUUUUAAGACUUUUAUGAUGUAUUUAAAUGGGUAAUUAUGGUUGCAAACUCCCUUGGAAAUUUGAAUUGAGAUUUUGACCAUAUCUUGAGGGGGGUAAAAAAAAAAAUAUUUUUUUGGGGGUGGAGUCAAUUCACAACAGCAUAGUGUAUUGCACAAAAGCAAAAAAUUGAAUAAAUUCAAAUCAAAAAACCAAUUCUAAGUUCUUUGACUACAGUUAUUCUGUGUCAGAAACCUAUUAUGUGUCAAAUAUUUAAUUACAAUCCAAAUUCAGACCUGUAUCAAGCAUGAAUAUUGUUUCCAUUUUUGCCCCAACUGUUCAGGAUUGGACCUCUGCGGUUGUAUCCAGCUGCGCUCGGCGAAGCAAUUUAUUUUUUCAUAAAAGGAUAAUUGUCAUGCUGAAGAAUAAAAUUUUCCUGGUUUGGUUGGUUUUCUCUUUAAUUUUAAAACAAUGGUGAUCCAGUGGAUUGAAAUUACACUCUUUAAUUCAAUUUUUACACAGAUAAAGUAUGCAAAAUUGUCACAAUAAGAUUAAGUGGAGGUAACUCUAAUUAAAAAAUAUAGACCAUAGAUUUCUUACUUGAAAAAGAUAGCUCUUUGUCAAAUUUGAUUCUAAUUUCAACAAACAAGAUUAAUUCUUCUUGCACAAGUAGAUCCCCUGACAUGUAAGGUAUACAUACAUCCGUGUUGAAGACCGUACUGUGACCUAUAAUGGUUUACUUUUAUAAAUUUUUACUUGGAUGGAGAGUUGUCUCAUUGGCACUCAUACCACAUCUUCUUAUAUCUCUUUACUCAUACUUUGAUCAGUACUAUUUGUGAAAUCAGAACAUGGCAACCAGCAUGCACAAGAGACUUUAAGUUUUGACUUUCAACACUCAGACUUUUUUUUUAAUUGGUUAAACAAUUUCAAGUAAAUUUAAGAAGAUUUUUUUUUAAUGGUAUGGAAGAGGUGCAAAAUGUAGGGGGACUUUGAGAACUUUAUACAUAUUAAACCUAAUUUGUUAUUGAUUAAUUUUUCUGCCCUUUUCAAAAAUUGCUCUUUAGAAAACGUAUUAAGUGUUGAACUUGAAGUCAUUUUAAAUUAUGGAAUUAUCACUGUUACAUUCCUAAUUUUUUUUUUAAUUUGCAACACACAAACAAUUAUCUUAAACCUGCUGCAUAGAUUAACAAUUUAACAUAAGAAUUCCUAUCUACUAUCAUCAGUCUAUGGUCGAUUAAAUAUGAUAAUGAUUUUUACAUAAUUUAUUGGUACAUUGCACAAGCAUGACAAAAUGUUUCAACUGAAAUUUUAUAAUUUCUAUAAUUGAACUAAAACGUGAAAAUAACACUUUGUAAUAUGUGAACAAGACAGAAAUGUCAAAUUUAAAUAAUACCAACAGGUUGUGACUGACUGACUGACUAAACAUGGAAAAUUGAACAAUAAAAAGGAACAAAGUGUUUUUUCUACCUUUAUCUGAAAAUUCAAUUUUUACAGACUAUCAGUAUUGAAUGAUUUUGUACCCUGUUUCUUACCAACAUUGACAUUACGGUAGUCAUGCUCUUUAAUUUCGAAAUGGAUUGUUUUGAAUAUUUAUACUAUGUUUUAAAAUUGAUUUUAGGGAAUGGUUGUAUUUAUUCUAUUUUUAAACUGCUGUAAAUUCUGGCAUUAAUUUUAUUUUUAUGUACAAGUUAAUAUCUUUACAUGCUACAUGUAUGUACAUAACUCCACAUGUAGUGAUAGUAUGUUAGAAUUGUCUAUAUUUUCAAUAAAUUGUAUAUUGUAAUACAUAUUGUAACUGCUGAAAGUCAUUCAUAGAAAUCCAUAAGUUUGAAAUCCUUAAGUUUUGAUGAUAUGGGUAAAUGUAUUAAGAAAACUAAACACAUAUUUUACUGUCAUUAUAUUUGGAGACUGUAAAUUCAGAAAUAAAUGUGUGCAUUAAUUAUAGAAAAUUGCUGAUAACUUGUAAAAAUGUUAGAUCUAAUUAAUGUGAUUUCAAAAAUUACUGAAGGAAAAUCAGUACUGAAAUUAUGAAUGCAAGUUUUUAUUUCUGGGAACCUGAUACUGUCCCAUUUUUCACAUUGAUAAAAACAUCGCAGUAAUUUUCUAGUUUACAGAAACUUUUUAUUGUGCUAUUUUUGUGUGUCAAAAUAUGAUUGUGAAAUAUAUAAGAAACAAUUUUUAAUUGGAUUUAUAAAAUUAAAAGUCAAGUAUUUUACGAGAGCAAUAUUUCUAAAAGUAGCUAUUAAGAUGAAUAGAAGAAUUUGUUGUAAAAAUUUUUUAUAAACAAAAUCUUGCUUUUCUUCUUUUUAUAACAAAAUGAUUGAGCAAUAUCUGAUUGUUUUCAAAAGAGUUAAAACAAUGUUGUCCUAUUACUGGAAUAUCAAAUUGGUGUGUCUGAAACUGUUAGUAGUUUAUGAAUAACUGUUAGUAUUUUAUGAAUUCUAAAGUGCUGUGUUUUAUGUAUUUAAUUUUAGUUGCAGUUUUACUUUACAUUUAUUUAAUAAUAUAUUUGUAUAUGCCAACUUCAAUAUCUUUAUGAUUAACAUGAUUAAAUACAAAUAACUUUGUACAUAAUUUAUUUGUAUUCAAUCAGUUAUCACUAUAUAAACUUGUUUUAUUUACACUCAAAUGUACCUAAAUGUAUGUAUUAAGCAUUUUAUUUAUUUUAUGAAUAUGUUACAAUGCAUUUAUUUAACUUUUUCAUGAGUAUUGUACAAUAGAUAGUUUUGGAUUGAUGCAAUUUGAGUUGCAGUUAUAACCCUUUUGUUGCCAUGUUGGGGGUCAGUAUGCACAAAUUUCUUCAAAGACAGCUAGUUUCAUCUUGUUAUAUUGACUUUUGUCAUCAUGUUGGAGGUCAAUGUGCACAAAUUCCUUCAUAGACAGCCAGUUUCAUCUUGUUAUACUGAUGUUUGAUUUUAGAAAAAAGUUGUUUUCUGGACAAUUUUGAUUUCUUAAAGCCUUGUAUAAUUCAUCACAAGUUAUAUAGGACCUACUAAGAAUCUCAUCUCAGACUUGCUUGUAUCACAUGUUUUAAUUCAGUAGGUCAAAUAACAAAAUCACUCAGUUACAACAUGGUGGCUAAGGGAAUUAAUCAAAUCCAAAUUACAUCAUGUCUAAACCUAUCUAUUUCAAAGGAAUCAAAUUUGAUGUGUUCAUUUGUUCUCUUUAUAAAGUGAAUGAUGGAUCUGCUGUUGAUUGGACUUAAUUUAUAGUAUUUUGUGCUUUCAUUAUUUGCCACCACUGCCCCUCUUCAUCAGAGCAAACUAAAAAUUGUAUAUACUGUGAAUUUCAAUUAGUAAAAAGUUUUAAAUCCUAUAAAGUUAGUGUCCUAUAAAAUAAAUGUAACUUCAUUUAGUUUUAUUUCGAACUAAAUAAAACUUUUCCAAAGAGUCAUCUCCUCUUGGUCAAGGUACUUUAACCUUUGUCAGUUCUAUUGUCCCAUUGAAUAAAUACAAUAGCUAUUGUUCUCUGUGUAGCUUAUUCACUGGGACCUUUGAAUUUCUUCUAAGGGAAAUCCAUCACUCAUUGAUUAAUUUACCUGAGUAAAAAAAAUAUCUUUUAAAUAAAUGAAAAUAGAUGUAUCAACUCACAAAACUGCAUGUGAUGUUGUAUUUAUAUUCAAUAUCAAUAAUAUACUUUCAAUCUGUUCAAUAUAAACACGGCUUUAAUCUUCAAAAAUUGAUUUCUGACAAAAUUUUAAGCAUUGUUCCUAUUGAAAUUUGCAUUGUUUUGUUUAUGUUAAGUUAUAGUAUACAUUUAAGAAGGCCUUAAUUUAAACAUUGUCAUUUUCCAGUUUUUAUUUGUCAAACACACAAAAAAAAAAAUUUCAAUAGAAAAUAUUUUGAGUGUAGGAAUGGGGUACCCAACAUGAUGAAUGACGAGAAAAUAUGUGUUAAAAUGAUGUACACAUUAAACAUUUUACUCCAUUUGAUGCUAAUGGUAGCUACAAAAUGAGAUUUGACCAAUGACUAUAAAAAAUUAAGGCUCAUUUGACACUAACGGUAGCGAAAAACAGACAUUUGACUUGAACGAUAAAGGGCAUGCCUACCCUCCUACAUGUCGGGUCUUAUUUUUAUUUAAAGUUAAAUAUCAUCUAUGUGUAAGAAGUAUAUUGAGAUUAGUUAAAUACUGUGUACUCUUAUUUAUGCAUUUUCCUGUCUGCAGAAGAAUAAUACAAGCAGCCAAGUAUAUACCAUUAAUAUACAUACAAGUCUAAAUUGAAAACAUUAAUAUACAUAUACAGUAUCUGGUUUAAAUGUUGGCUUUUAAUUAUUGUCACAAAAUUAUAUUUUUUUUUCACAAAUGAACAUGCUUUACUCUUGCUCUGACAAACCUUGUUCAUCGACCUUUUCUAAAUGAAAAUGGAAAAUAUAGUUUUCCUAUUAUACAUUCAAGGUACAGACAAAUAAUUAUUUAAUGUGUCAUUAUUCUUUCCUCUAAACAGUAAUGAAUUACCAGGAAUCAAAUUUAAAAGUAUGAUAUUUUAUGAAGAUAUCACAAUUAAAUUACCUUUAUUUUGCAACAGACAGUUUUUUGUUCCUGAGAAAUGUGUGGUGUGAAAUUUUAUUAGUUGUGAAGUAUGGAUGUUCAUAAUUAAAUAGUGCAUUGUUUUAACUUUAUUUUAAAUUGUUAAAGAGAUAUUUUAUGUAGAAGGCCUAAUGACAUGUAUUAAUCUAGUCAUUUAACCUGAAUAAAAUGUUAAGAUUUUAA